AUGAGUCCCGGGGCGGUGCGACGAGCAGUCCUGCUCCCGCAGCGUACCCUCGGCCUCGGUCUGACGGCUCAGCGAACAUCGGAGCUGCUUCGCGAUGGAUUGACGCCGCAGUCAAGCUUCCCAAAUACCCUCAGGGCCUCUGCUUCGUCAUUCCGAUCAAUCUCGCACACAUCGAAGACAUAUGCGAACUUCGCCACGUCGCGCAUUAGCAUUAGCAUUCGCGCACGCUCACCUCUCUCUAACAGCCUCGUUCGAUCAUCACCGUUCGAUGUCUUGCGUCCUUUCUCAACAGCUCAGAGUUUACAGCAAGAGGAUACACAAUUGAAAAAAGAAAUAGCUACACCGAAAGAUGCGAAGGUUGCAGAGACCACCAAAUCACAAGGUGCGGACCAGGAGAAUACGGCAGAUUACUUGGACCAACAUGGCUUCCAGAGGAGCGAAAAGGCCGACAAGGCAGCGCACAUCAACAUGAGCGCACGCCUGUCGAAGGAGGGAAAAACACAGGGACAGUCAGGCUGGUCAGAGGUCUGGCGUCUCAUGAAGAUCGCAAGGCCGGAGAUAAGGUGGCUAGGCAUAGCCUUCUUUUUCCUGCUAAUCUCGUCUUCCGUCACGAUGUCUAUUCCUUUCUCUGUAGGACGGAUUCUAGAUUUGGCGACGAAGGGCCCGGUCGAGGAUGCGCGGAUACUGGGCCUGACCCUGACACAGUUCUUCCUCGGCUUCGCUGCCUUCAUGACACUCGGCGCUAUCGCGAACUACGGAAGAAUAGUGCUCCUACGUAUCGUCGGUGAGCGGGUGGUGUCUAGACUGAGAACGCAGCUUUACAGGAGAACGUACGUCCAGGAUGCUGAGUUCUUCGAUGCCAACAGAGUCGGCGAUCUUAUUUCCCGCCUGAGCUCCGACACAGUCAUUGUGGGCAAGAGCAUCACUCAAAAUAUAUCGGAUGGACUUCGUUCAUUCGUCAGUGGCACUGCUGGUUUCGUUGCCAUGGCAUGGCUCUCUCCCAAACUAACAUCUAUUAUCCUGCUCAUGUUCCCGCCGAUCGCGAUUGGCGCGUUCUUCUAUGGACGGAUGAUCAGAAAUCUCAGUCGGCAGAUUCAGAGAAAUCUGGGUACUUUAACGAAAAUUGCCGAGGAGCGGCUCGGAAACAUCAAAACCAGUCAAGCAUUUGCUGGCGAAAUACAAGAGGUUCGGCGCUACAACAACCAGGUACGGAAGAUCUUUGCAUUGGGUAGGAAGGAGUCCCUCAUUGCUGCCACAUUCUUUGGCUCGACCGGCUGGGCGGGCAACAUGACUGUUCUAGCACUCUUAAUCGUCGGAGGAAACCUUGUUAGGAGUGGGACGAUGUCUCUCGGCGACCUGACAUCAUUCAUGAUGUACACAGCAUUUGCUGGAUCUAGUCUCUUUGGAGUCUCAGGCUUCUAUUCGGAGCUGAUGAAGGGUGUAGGCGCUGCUAGUCGUCUCUUCGAACUGCAGGACAGAAAGCCUACCAUCCCAGCAACAGUAGGUGUCAAGGUCACAUCGGCGCAAGGACCGAUCAAAUUUUCGAAUGUUACUUUUGCCUACCCGACUCGACCGGCGGUAAAGAUCUUCGAUGGUUUGGACUUCGAGAUACCAUCGGGAAGCAACGUGUGCAUUGUUGGACCAUCUGGAGGCGGCAAGUCAACUGUUGCUAGUCUUCUGUUGAGAUUCUACAAUCCCGUUGCAGGAAGCAUCACCAUCAACGGGAUAGACGUCAAAGACAUGAACGUGAAGUCCUUGCGGCGGCGCAUCGGUAUGGUAGCACAAGAGCCAGUGCUCUUCUCUGGUUCCAUUGCGGAGAAUAUUGCCUACGGUCGACCACACGCCACUCGGUCUGAGAUCAUCAUAGCGGCUCAAAAAGCCAACUGCCAGUUCAUCAGCGACUUCCCGGAGGGUCUUGAAACGCAAGUCGGUGCUCGAGGUGCUCAAUUAUCAGGAGGUCAGAAGCAGAGAAUCGCCAUCGCUAGAGCACUGCUAAAGGACCCGGAUAUUCUUAUCCUCGAUGAGGCCACCUCGGCUCUCGAUGCCGAGUCGGAGACCUUGGUCAACUCGGCGUUAGCUGCGCUGCUCAAGGGCAGAAGCACCACGAUUUCAAUUGCCCAUCGCCUCUCCACGAUCAAGCGGUCAGAUCAGAUCAUCGUGCUCUCUAAUGAAGGCACCGUGGCGGAGAUCGGCAGCUACACGGAGCUGAGCGCCAACCCUGAUAGUGCGUUCAGCAAGUUGAUGGAGUGGCAGAUGAGCGGCGGCGACGUGCCAGCGGACCAUCGUCUGCGCUCAGACGGCCAUAUUACCGAGGCCGAAGAGAUCGAGGAGGAGCUAGAGGAGCCAGAAGACGAGGAAGAGAUCAUCGCAGAGGAGGAAAUCAAGAGGCAGUAA